AUCCAUCCGAGAUGAACUAAUGGCGUCCAGUAGAUGGUGGUAACACUCCUUUAGUAGGAUGUUAGUCUGCUCAGAUGUAAGACGAAGAAUUGCAGGCGGUUGAGCUGUGUGGGAUGUACCGCGGUUUGCUGGAGUCAUGUCGGAUCCUUGGCAAGAAUGCAUGGAUUACUGUGUUGAGGUGACCAAACAGGCAGGAAAGAUGAUUCAAGAUGCUCUGCGAAAAGAUAUAUCAAUCAUGCAGAAGAGCUCUCCAGUCGACUUGGUCACAGAGACGGACCAGAAAGUGGAAGAACUCAUCAUUUCAUCCAUCAAGAAGAAGUAUCCCAGUCACAGUUUUAUAGGUGAAGAGUCUGUGGCUGCCGGAGCUUCUAGUAUUCUCACAGACAAUCCCACAUGGAUCAUUGACCCUAUCGAUGGGACUACAAACUUUGUUCACAGGUUCCCAUUUGUGUCUGUAUCUAUUGGAUUUGCAUUAAAUAAACAGAUAGAGUUUGGGAUUGUCUACAGCUGCAUGGAGGACAAAAUGUACACUGCACGCAAGGGGAAAGGAGCAUUCUGCAAUGGCAUCCCUAUUAAAGUCUCAGAGCAGCAGGACAUCACCAAGACUCUGGUACUGACCGAGAUGGGCUUCAAGAAAGAUCCAGAACACUUUAGAAUCAUGAUGGCUAAUAUGCAGAGCAUCCUUUCUAUUCCUGUUCAUGGGAUCCGCACCCCAGGCAGUGCAGCAGUGAACCUGUGUUUAGUGGCGUGUGGGGCAGCAGAUGCCUACUACCACAUGGGAAUCCAUUGCUGGGAUAUGGCAGGAGGUUCAGUCAUAGUUACUGAGGCUGGGGGAGUCGUCACAGACAUUACAGGGGGGCCGUUUGAUCUGAUGUCUCGAAGACUGAUUGCAGCCAGCAGACACGGCAUCGCGGAGUGUAUCGCCAAGAAAAUACAGCAGUUUCAUUGUGGACGGGACGACACGGACGACUAGACCAUAAUUACCCAACACGUCUAUUAAAGGGGAACUGCUGUAUGUCUAAAUUCUAUACAUAAAUAAUAAAAACACCUGUAAUUCAGCGGUUUAGCAUAAA